UAUUGUGGGACGCGGGUAUAAAUUAAAACGAGAGCUGCGGAGUUUUCGAUUGUGCUGCUGGGGGGACGCCGUUGGACUGCCGACUCGGCCACGAAACUCAUUGCUGGCGUUAGGCAACCAUUUCCGGCGGAAACUUUAAACUCGGUUGGGCUCGCCACCGACUCAAUCUCUCCGAUGGCAAUCCUCGAAACUUCGUCGUUCAUGUCAGACUUCGUCCGUCAGGCCGGUGGUGCCGCCGUGAUCGACGGCGGCCUAGCGACUGAGCUCGAGCGCCAUGGCGCCGACCUCAAUGACCCCCUCUGGAGCGCCAAGUGCCUUCUCAGCUCUCCUCACCUCAUUUGCAGGGUACACCUUGAUUACCUUGAAGCUGGUGCAGAUAUUAUAAUCACAGCAUCGUAUCAGGCCACUAUUCAGGGCUUUGAGGCUAAAGGCUUUUCUAGAGAGGAAAGUGAAGCCUUGCUGAAAAGAAGUGUGGAAAUAGCUUGUGAGGCACGAGAUGUAUAUUACGACAGAUGUAGUAAAGGCCUUCCUGAUGGCACUGGAGAUGAAAAGAUUCUCAAACAUCGCCCCAUCUUAGUUGCGGCAUCUGUGGGGAGCUAUGGGGCUUUCUUAGCUGAUGGGUCUGAGUACAGUGGGAACUAUGGUGAUGCAAUUACACUUGAAACAUUAAAAGAUUUUCAUCGGAGAAGGGUUCAGAUUCUAGCAGCAUCAGGUGCUGACCUAAUUGCAUUUGAAACAGUUCCAAAUAAGCUAGAAGCUCAGGCUUAUGCUCGGCUUCUUGAGGAAGAAGACAUAAAUAUCCCUGCUUGGUUUUCUUUCAACUCCAAGGACGGUGUCAAUGUGGUCAGUGGUGAUUCUUUGCUUGAAUGUGCCACAAUUGCUGAAUCAUGCAAAAGAGUUGUUGCUGUUGGAAUCAACUGCACCCCUCCUAGAUAUAUUCAUGACCUGAUUUUAUGUCUCAAGAAGGUGACAACUAAACCACUUCUCAUAUAUCCAAACAGUGGAGAAAGUUAUGAUGCCAACCUGAAGGAGUGGGUGCAAAAUACUGGGGUUUCAGAUGGUGACUUUGUGUCAUAUGUAAACAAAUGGUGGCAAGUAGGUGCUUCCCUCAUUGGAGGUUGCUGCCGAACAUCUCCGAAUACUAUCAGAGCAAUAUAUAGGACCCUUUCCAACCGAUCUGCUGCUUCACAGCAGCACUGAUGACUCUCAAACUCUGUGUGUGUAUGUGAGAGAGAGAGAGAGAGAGAGAUAUGUAAUCAAUCUGAAACACUGAGCAGCUUUGGUUGAUCCAAAGUUUUUCUUGUUUCCAUUUCAGAGGGAAAGCUAGGCAGCUAACAAGCUGGGUUAGAAUUGUAUGUGUAAUACAGUAAUGUCUGAUAAGCUGCAUACCAGAUGCCCCCAAAGAGACCAAUGAACUGCAUAUGAGAAGACUCCCCUUUGUAUAAAUGUUCUUUUUCUUUUUUAACAUAAAUAAAUCUCUGAUUGGGUGCA